AUCGGCUGCUUUUCGGUUCACGGUUCCGCACGGUUCACUGACGUUCACUACUUACUAGACUAAGUACUAUCCAACAGAGUAGUACUAGAUUGAUGGGGUCGAAGCAGGACGUCGAGUCAGGCUCAAAUGAAAAAUACGGCACAUACGACGACGCGUUGCUCGAGCCAGAACGCGAAUUACUCCUGCCUUCAGAAUCAGGCUCACCCACGACUGCCAGCACGACGCGAUACAGUCUUGUGCACCUUGUCUGUGCAUUUGUCGGGGGUGUAGCUUUGUGCAUUGCUGCACGCUUCCUGCUCGAUGUCUCAGGCAUCGCAGGACCACCUCCGCGGGGAGACGACGUGAGGAUGCAAGCUCCACCGUACGUUGGUUCCACGGAAGUGCACCAAUUCCCGCCUGCUUCCCCCACCAAUGCUUUCCCUGACCUCUUCCCAACAAACGUUGGUUAUCCAGGUGGUACUCCCACUGGCGCCGAGCCCGCACUCAUUGCAACCGCGCCCUCCCUCCCUCUCCAGACCGGCGCAGCGCAGCUCGUGGCACCUCCAAAGAUUCACAAGCACUUACAUUCUACACAUGGCGACGAUGUGGAAGAGGAAGAGACAGAAUCCCGCAAACACUACAAAUCCGACCGUCCUUUCAACCUUUUCCGAAGCUGGGGCAACCUCUCCCCAUGGUAUAGCGUCCCGCGUGGAGCAUUCGGUGUUGAUGAUACCGCAGAGGCCCCUCCUGGCUGUGUUGUUACUGGGCUCCAUCUCCUUCACCGCCAUGGUGCCCGUUAUCCGACCGCUUGGGCGAAUUUUGGAGGUCCUGCCAAGUUUGCUACCCGUCUACACCAGAGUGCAUCGCAAUGGGAGGCAACGGAGCAACUAGCAUUCUUGAAUGAGUGGACCUACAAACUGGGCGAGGAAGUGCUCACCCCCUUUGGCCGACAACAAUUAUACGACCUCGGCGUAUCUAUGCGCCUCAAGUACGGGUUCCUACUCAAGAACUUUACGGAGACGAAUACGAUACCUGUGUUCCGGACAGAGUCUCAGGACCGCAUGCUCGCCUCGGCACUUAACUUUGCCAUUGGGUUCUUUGGCUACCCUUUUGAAGGGCAGUAUCAACAAUUGAUUACGAUCGAGUCUAAAGGAUUCAACAACACCUUUGCACCCUACGAAACUUGCCCGAAUGCCAAUGCUGACGGCAAAGCGAACCGCUCGCUGACUUACGUCCGAGAAUGGGUUUCUCACUACCUCGCGGAAGCACGGGAAAGACUGUCAAGGGCAAUGAUCGGAAAGGACGGUGUGCAGGGUGAGUUCGAGUGGACCGGGGAGGAAGUGUAUGAGAUGAUGCAGAUGUGUGCCUAUGAGACUGUUGCUCUCGGAUACUCCAAAUUCUGCGAUCUCUUCACGGAAGAAGAGUGGGAGGGCUUCAAUUAUGCGCUUGAUUUGACUUUCUGGUAUGACUCUGCUUUCGGCUCACCUGUUGCUCGCGUCCAGGGUGUCGGAUAUAUCCAAGAGCUCGUCGCGCGACUCACCCAUACCCCAAUCGCGACUCACAACACUAGCACCAACGCCACGCUUCACACGCCAGAGACUUUCCCGCUAGACCAUGCGCUAUAUGUAGACGCUACGCAUGAAGUUGUUGUUCUCAAUGUGAUCGCAGCGCUCAACCUGAGCACGCUCGCAGCAAGCGGACCUCUCCCUGCCGACCAUAUUCCCAAACACCGUUCGUUCCGCUCCGCAGAUCUCGCACCCUUCGCGACGAACAUGCAGUUCCAACUCCUCUCCUGCGCAUCUACCCCGACGCCUCAAAUCCGGAUCAUCAUCAAUGAUGGCGUUGUUCCCCUUCAUGGGAUUCGGACUUGCCCGCAUGAUGACAAGCACGGAAUGUGCCCACUCCCCGCAUUCAUCCAGGCUCAGCAGGAGAUAAUCCGGGAGACAGACUGGACGUGGGGAUGUCAUGGAGACUGGCAGGUUCCGCCAGGGACUGAGUGGAAUUCAACGACGGGAGACGCACCGCAGGCGUAGGGACGUGAAGGUUAGACGGGAGUGCAUAUUGAGAUGAGAGUUUUGCUGCGCUGUGAAUACAUAUUC